CACUGACAGCAGAAACAUGGGGCGCGCUCAUGUGCCGGACCUCCUAUUCGUCGUCAUUCUAUUCUAACGGCUAUUUUUCCAGUGUUCAACUAUUCAAAUCAUUUGCUCCUCUCAACGGUCCUUUUCCCCCAUAUAAUUCCAACACCACCACCCAACAAUUUGCCGUCCACAUCUCCUCCAUACAUGCAUAGGUUCUCCCUUGCAGCAUUAAGUCUCUCCCUCUUGUGCUCUCUCCAACCAUGGACGUUGCAAAUAAGUCUUCUAUUUCAGUUCAACGUGUAAACAAAAAGUCUUCCGAUGAGCUGCUAAAAAAAUUUGCCGACGAUGAGCCCGAUCCAGCCCCGUCAAGGUUGGCCAAACGCAGGAAGAAAAGAGAAGUCGGCGGUGAUUCAUGUGAGAGUCCCAAUUCACAUAGUUCUAGCUUAACCGAGAGGAGGUCACUUCUGCCUCCAGCGGCAUCCAAGUCUGCAUUGCUCAGGCAAUUUAGGAUCUGUAGGUCGCGGCUCAGGGCAAAGGGUAUCAAGAACAAAUCCCUGUUUGGGACUAUUGAAAAGACAUGGCGUAGAACUGUUGAAGGAGCAUCAAGAGUGUUCAUGGAAAAACACUACAAUCGGCACAGGCGUCUGAUCAAUGAUGUGGUCUAGUCUGGGACGUUGCUGCUUGAAUAUAGAGAAUCCCUUCUUCUUCUUUUCUUAUGUCUUAAGAAAUAGAUAAAUCCAGUAUAGUAACGUAUAUGCUCUGUUUCUUGUCACUAAUAAUAUCACUUCCCUUUUCAGUUGGAAACUUUAUUUCAUAUGAAAAAAGUCCAAUAGACUUUAUUUUCUACUAUGACUGCAA